AUGCCGGGGCCGACACGAAACAGGCGUGGGCGAGAGGAGAGAUCAGAACGAGAGCGGCGUGCCCUCAGGGCGGUUGGGUGAGAAUGGCUGGCUCUUUUAUAUCUCUCAAUGUUGGGGAAUCUUUUUGCAUCUGAAUCUUUUAUUCUGCUUCUGGAUUGUUUGUUUCUUUUCUUUUUUGAUUUUUUAUUUAAAUUUCAGUGGGAACCGUUUCCUGCUUCUGCCUUCAGUGUCAUAUCUUCUCUUAGCUUUUCUUCCAACACCACUUCUCAUAUUACUUUAGAUUCAUUCUUUUAUUACUGACAAUUCAGAGUCUUGUUCAUCCAAACCCCUUCUCAGUUUCUUCUCCAGAAUCCCUUCUUUAGAAUCAGGAUGAUUCAGAAGCCGACCUCGAGGGUUUGUGUUUCAAUUGUUGUUAUUUGCUUGUUCUGUAAUGUUUCGUAGUUAUGCGGAACAUUAUUUUCUCGAGGAAAAGUAAGUUCGAGUGAUGGGAAUCCGUAUUUUAGGAUGGUCGAAGUCUCUCGAAGAUCCGAGAGUCGCACCUCCAGGGUCAGUGCUCCAGGAGAACGUGAGUUUCCUUUAUAUUAUAAUUGAUCGUGUAGUUUAUUUAUUAUUUUUUGUUGUUUUUGGUUUAUCUUUGGUCAAUUCGAAUAGUUUUUUGGAUAAAAUUUUUCGAAUAUUACACAAAGUAUUAUCACUGGUAGACUAUUUUUAAAGACCAUGAACAUUUUACGUUAUUUUUUAAAUCUUUUACAUGAAAAUGAUAAGUAACAAGGAAAGUACCCUACCUGCCCCGCUCAGAAUCAGCUCAAAAUUUUUAUAUGAAUUCUUUGUACCACCAAUAGUACCCAUAAAAAAUUUUAGCUCGCGCUCUUGAGUUUUAAAUUUAAAUUAUUUGGGUUUCCCGCCAAUUUGGCAAAUUUCGCAUUGUGUUUCAAGUACUUUUUUCGGCUUUCCAGACAAGAUACGUUUACAAAUUUAAAAAUGUAGGUUCAUUUAAAGGUUUUUCUACUAGUAUAUCAAAGAAAAAUUAUUAAAAGUCAAAAAAUGACAAAGUUACAAACUUGAAACACAAUGCCAAGUUGGCGGGAAAUUCAAAAUUUAAUUUUUGAAUCUCGAUUUUCUCGAGAUUUUCUGGAAAGCGCGAUUUAGUACUUUCCUGAAGAUUUUAUAUUUACAUGAUCUUUCUAUAUAAAAAGUUUGAAGUCAAUCAGAGCGGGGUAGGUCGGGCACUUUCCUUGUUAGAAAGGUAAACAGUAAGGUGGCACGAGUAUUAUUUUGUGAAUAUUAAGUCCCGAAUAUGACACAUGUAUAUAAUAAGAAUGCAAUCUUCGCCAUUAUAUUACAAUGACUGCUAACAGCUGCUCCAAAACACGUCCUUUCUAUUUUUAAUUGAAACUUUACUAGAAAUCAUUUGUUUUUAAGAUUUUUGAUAUAAAAAAGGAUUUCUAACUCAAUAACAACAUUUGCAAUAAUCUUUUACGCAGUCCCAAUUUUUAUUAGCUAGUUUCAUAGGUUUACAACAAGUAAUACAGAAAAUUGUAAAUUAACAUUUAAAUAAUGCGCUUAUUAAUAUAAUAUAGUAGUCAUGUUGCAGAUGCCGACGCCGUCCACAACACCUUGACAGCUCUGGAGACUGACAUCAAGAAGACGACGGAGAUCAUCAGACGGAAACAUGAAGAACAGGUACUCUUUCUAGAAUAGUUCACAGUUUAAUUAGUAUAUCAGUACGAUUACUUCCAAUACUUUUUUGUAUAUCUUCUUUCAUGUUAAUAAUGAUUGAUAACAUAACAAUUUAAGUUGAUGGAGAAGAAGACCUUCCAAAGUGAGAUGGAAGUAAAUGGUCGUAUCUCGGUAGAUCCUAAUGAUGAUUGGCUUAAACUCAGGUUAAAGUCCGUUAGCACCGACGACUUGAAGAACGAGUUGGGCAAAGUAAAGACAGAUCAACGUAAGUACCGUACACUUUAUAAGCCGGGAAACAUAAUUUUAAAUUUGAAAAUCAUUUUCACGACCUAAAUAAUGUUGAUAAGAUUUUAUACGAAAUAAGUAGCUAAAUGAUAUAAAAAUUUGGCGCUACUCUAAUGAAAUAACCCAGUAUUACUAAUGAAAGCACCCAAUUUUUAUCCUAUUUAAGGCACCCAAAAGUAUUCAAAUUUUGCAUAAUCUUGCAAUUUCAUUUUGUUUUUCCUAUUUUGAAAACGGUCAUUCAUAUUUUAUCGACUGCGUGAGGCGGUCGGGUCAGCAUGGAAUCUGACCGUGGUGAUCAUGGAUCCAUCGACUACCUGACAACCUAGGCCAAGAUCAACCACCUUCAAAGAAGUCAUCUUCUAUCGAGUUUAUGAAGACUUUUACUAUGCUAUACAGAUGGAUAACAGGUAAGAAUUUAGUAUUUACUUACGAUUUUACCACAGUAUUAAUGUUAUCUUAGUUAUAGUAGCCCAUUGUUUAGUUAUAGUAGCCUACUAUUUAGUUACAGUAGCCAACUAUCUAGUUGUAGCAGCCAAUAUCUAGUUACGGUAGCCCAUUAUUUAGUUACAGUAGCCAAUCAUCUAGUUACAGUAACCAACUAUCUAGUUAUAGUAGCCCAUUUCUUAGUUACAGUAGCCAACCAUCUAGUUACAGUAACCCAUUAUUUAGUUACAGUAGCCAAUCAUCUAGUUACAGUAACCAACUAUCUAGUUAUAGUAGCCCAUUUCUUAGUUACAGUAGCCAACCAUCUAGUUACAGUAACCCAUUAUUUAGUUACAGUAGCCAAUCAUCUAGUUACAGUAACCAACUAUCUAGUUAUAGUAGCCCAUUUCUUAGUUACAGUAGCCAACCAUCUAGUUACAGUAACCCAUUAUUUAGUUACGUAGCCAACUAUCUAGUUAUAGUGGCCAACUAUCUAGUUACAGUAGCCGUGCACCUUAUUAUAUUUUUUUCAGUUUUCGCUACAACAAUCGCCAUUCACGAAUUGGACACUUCUACACCACUCUUCGAAAGCGCUACGUUUCAUAAUGAUAAAAUUUGAAUAAAGAUUGCUGGGUGCUUUAAACCAUUAGUGGGUGCCUUUAUUAUGUUGGGUGCUUUCUCUAGUAUGGCCCCAAAAAUUUUGUUGUUUUAUAAAUUGAAACUCAAGGAUAACAUAUGUUCAGGACAGAACGCAGUAGUAGAUACCUUGGCCGCGUUGGUGUACGAUGUUAACGCUACGGCCGAAGUGCUCCGACGUGGAUCCCAGAAGCCAAAGAAAGGAAAACUGACAGAAGAAAUCGAAUACAAACUCAGGUUGACACCGGCUCCAGAUGACGACACUUUGUACCACCACGAAGACAUACCACAAGAUGAGGAACCAGAAGACGACUACAUUCUGGAGCACAGGAAGAAGGACUACGGUGUGGAGGGAAGCGAGUCUUUGACGUAAGUCUUUAUCGAUGAUGUGAUGAUGUAUUUAAAGUGUCAAAAAUGUACUAUUAGAGUGUUUCAGGAGUAGCAUGAAGCGAAGAGCACGAUCUACUACACCAAGGAAGGUGAUCAAUGUUGAUGUAAGUGUUUUGGGCAGUUGAUGCCUUGCUAUGGAAAUCUAGUUUGAAAUAUGCACUGUUAUAAUCCAAGUUACGUAGCUUCAUUUUAGGGCUACACUCCCUCAGGCCCGGCCCCAAUCUGUGCCUACUGUAGCGAAGAGAUCGAAGGCGCAAUUCUGACGGCUUUGGCUCCAAACGCUACACAAGCCCAGAAGUUCCAUCCGUUCCACUUCAUGUGUUGCUACUGCCAGAAAGCCCUGAACCUUCGAGGAACAUUCCGCGAGCACGAGAAGCGUCCCUACUGUCACGAAUGCUUCUACAAGCUCUACAACGGGCUACUGUACGAGCCAGAUGUGAAUCAGACCAAGAUCGAGAAGUUGAUUUGA